UCACAAAUUUCCAAUAUGAGUACUCUGGUGUCUAUAUGAAUCAACUCUGUUCCAGACUUGGGAUUUGACGAUGAUUCUUCAUCACUUUCUACUGCUACUUCUACUUCUUCUUCCUCCUCCUUGAACCUGUCUGUCUACCCGGCCCACAAGAACAGUCUAUCAUGGGUGAAGAUGAUAUAGUAGAGCUCUUAUGGAAGAGCGGCCAAGUUGUUGAAAGCAGCCAGACACAGAGACCACCUGUUCCUCCUCCCAUUCUCCGAGGCAGCGGAAGUGGCGGCGGCGGCGGAGAAGAAAGUGCUCCGCUUCCACCGCCUCCGCCUCUCCAUAAUCACCAACAGCAACCGUCUGAUGAUCAGAAUCUAUUCAUAGGCGAAGACGAAAUGGCGUCUUGGCUUCUCCAUCAUCCUCUCCGCGAAGAAGAUGAUUUCCACUCCCAUCUUUUCUACUCCGACGUCGUCUCCGCCGUCCCAUCUACUCAGCCGCAGGCCUCCGUCUCUCUCGCACCACCCCUACCACCAGCAGCUGGUAGUGCUAUUCACACUCCAACGGCGGCGGAGAGACCGAUGGGUCAGGUCAUCGCCGAGAGAAGGGCUGAGAACUUCUUAAACUUCUCGAGGCUAAGAGAGAACAUACAUACAAGCGGUGGAGUCGAAGUAGCAGCAGCUGCACCGUGGGUUCCGGUGGUGGUUAGAGAUUUGACGCAGGUGGGAUCAAGCGCGACACCGUCGUCUUUGGCACCGGAGUCCUGUCUGACACCAGCGACGGUCACUGGCGGAGUCGCGCAGACUUUUGCAGUUCCCAGAGCGGUCGAGACGGUUUGCGAGAUCGGCGGACCAUCUUCGUCGGGGGUCCCAAAGACGGAAACAGAACCAGCGACGGAUGAGAGGAAGCGAAAAGAGAGGGAAGAAGCCGCUGAAGAUACCGAGGAAACUGGUGAAGAAGCUCGUGGUUCAACUUCCAGGAAGAGGUCACGCGCUGCGGAAAAGCAUAACAUCUCCGAAAGGAGACGGAGAGAAAAGAUCAACGAGAAGAUGAAGGCUCUCCAAGAACUCAUUCCUCGCUGCAACAAGACAGAUAAAGCUUCAAUGCUCGAGGAUGCUAUCGAGUACGUUAAGUCGCUUCAGAUGCAAAUACAGAUGAUGUCUACAGGAAUGACGAUGAUGUAUACACCAAAUAUGCCACGUUUCAUGGCCCCCUCAGCAAUGGGAAUGAUGGGUGUGAACCGGCCUCCAUUUAUAACUUUCCCUGGCACAGCUUUUCCUAGGCCGCCGGCUCACAUGGUAGGUCUAGAUCCAUCUUAUCCAGCACCGCCAUAUCCUAUCCCAAACACUCAAGCCUUUGACCCAUCCAGAGUCCAACAGUCUGACCCGGUCCAGAACCAGCCUCAGUUUCCGGGUUACUUGAAUCCUUAUAGCCAGUUUGUUGGUCUCCCACAAAUGCAACACCCUCCUCCCCCGUUGCAGAAUCAAACAACAUCAUAGCUGAGUUUCAGAUGCAAGUAAUUAGUAAGGAACCUGAAGAUCAGGACAGCAAACCAACAGGUUAAUAAAGGACCAGUUCUCCAAGCAAAUCAACAAAGUUGAAGAUAUAAACAGAGAGGUAACAUGUAAAAUUAGUCAGUUUAAGGCUAAAGUAGGCCCCCUUUUUCUGUUUCUGUAAAUGUCAGAACAUGGAAUCUUGAGGGUAAUAUAGACAGAUAAGGUGAGUAAGAGAAGAGAUAUAUGUGUUCAAUAGAUAAAUUAGUAGAUGUCUUUGUUAUAAUAUUUAGAUGAUGUUUUUUUCAAAUGAUUUUAC